AUGGCGGUGGCUGAUACGGGCAGCAAAGACAGUGCCGGCGGGUCGGCGGGGGCCAGUUUUCAAAAACAGUCGACUCCAAAGAAUGGAGUCCUGGGCUCCCUAUACAUGAUGGCGUUCAACGUCUUGUGUAGCCUUGCAUGGGGCAAUGUAUUUUAUGUUAUAGUCAAGCAUUGUCUUGACCACAAUUUGCCGGGUGCCUUCCACGUCUCACUCUGGCCUGAGUUGGAGUCUCCUCUCUUUUUCGCCCAGAGUUUGGCUGUGAUGGAAAUUGUGCAUUCUCUUAUGGGCCUUGUUAGAAGCAGCGUAAUGACAACAAUCAUGCAGGUUUUUUCUCGGUUGCAGUUGGUGUGGCUUCUGUUCCCCACUGUCCCCUCUUCCCGACAUCCCGUGGCGUUGCUGACCUGCGUAGCAGCCUGGAGCUGCGCUGAGCUUUUGAGGUUCCCCUUCUUCGCUGUCCAGCAGCUUCUCCAGCUUGUUGAUCUUAUGCGCAAAGAUGCAACGCCCCUUGAGGUGCCUGUUCUGCUAAAGUGGCUACGCUACUCAGGUUUCACUGUGCUGUACCCGAUUGGCAUCACAAGUGAAGUGGUCUGUAUGUGGUCCAGCCUCGAAGCCCUCAGAAGCUCUUAUGCACUCUCCCACUACCCAACCCCAAUGCCAAACAAGUUGAACUUCGAGUUGAGUCUGUACUGGUCAUAUCUUAUCCUACUUUGCCUGUACAUCCCUGGCAGCGUCCAGCUGUACAGUCACAUGCUGAAACAACGCAGGAAGUACUUGUACGGCACUGGGCAAGAAACUACCGCGAAAAAGGAAAACUGA